AUGUCCCAAAUUACUUACACUGCAGAAAGGAAGGAUGAAUUAAUCAAACAGUAUGAUUCUAUAAAAUCCAAAGUUGAUGCAGAACAUUCCACAAAGGAGGUUCUGCUACUAGCUGUAUCGAAACUGAAACCAGCGAGUGAUAUUAAGAUCCUAUACGAUCAUGGAGUUAGGCAAUUCGGUGAAAAUUACGUGCAAGAAUUGAUUGAAAAGGCUAGUCUGUUACCAAAUGAUAUUAAAUGGCAUUUUAUAGGUGGAUUGCAGACUAAUAAGUGCAAAGAUUUGGCUAAAGUAGCAAAUCUCUACUGCAUUGAGACAAUUGACUCGUUAAAGAAAGCCAAGAAAUUGAAUGAAGCCCGUGGUAAGUACCAACCUAAUGCCGAUCCAAUUAUGUGUAAUGUCCAAAUCAACACUUCACAUGAAGAACAAAAAUCAGGUCUUUCCAAGGAAGAUGAGAUUUUUCAGGUUAUAGAAUUUUUUCAGUCAGAAGAAGCAAAAUAUGUUAAAUUGAACGGAUUAAUGACAAUUGGUUCUUGGGAAGUUUCACAUAAUGAGUCUGAAGAAAACGAGGAUUUCACCACUUUGGUAAAUUGGAAGGAAAAGGUUGACACGAAAUUUGGUACGAAUUUGAAUCUUUCAAUGGGGAUGAGUUCUGAUUACAAACAAGCGAUCAAACAGGGCUCUUCUGAAGUUAGAGUCGGCACUGAUAUAUUCGGUACCAGACCUCCAAAAAAUGAAGCCCAUGUCUUAUAG